AUGAUCACCACCAACCAUAACGUAGUGGUAGGGUUGGUUCACCCACUCCCUGGGUCCCACCCACUCACCAACCCCUUCUCCCCAUUUCUAUUUCUUUCAACUAACUUUCUCUCUCACCCAAUCGCAAUGGCACCGGAAUCAGAGGCUCCCCCUAACUUCUGGGGCCACACCCCGGAAGAAGAAUACUACACCUCCCAAGGCGUUCGCAACACCAAGUCCCACUUCGAAACCCCCAACGGCAAAAUCUUCACCCAGUCCUUCCUCCCUCUCAACCUCCAACCCCACCAAGUCAAAGCCACCGUCUUUAUGACCCACGGCUACGGCUCCGACACCGGCUGGCUCUUCCAGAAAAUCUGCAUCAACUUCGCCACCUGGGGCUACGCCGUCUUCGCCGCCGACCUCCUCGGCCACGGCCGCUCCGACGGUCUCCAGUGCUACCUCGGCGACAUGGACAAAAUCGCCGCCACCUCCCUCUCCUUCUUCCUCCACGUCCGCAAUAGCCACCCCUACAAAAACCUCCCGGCAUUCCUCUUCGGCGAGUCCAUGGGAGGACUCGCCACGCUCCUCAUGUACUUCAAAUCGGAACCGGACACGUGGACGGGCCUGAUGUUCUCCGCGCCACUCUUCGUGAUUCCCGAGGACAUGAAACCCAGCAGGGUACAUUUGUUCAUGUACGGUCUCUUGUUCGGUCUCGCCGACACGUGGGCGGCCAUGCCGGAUAACAAAAUGGUCGGAAAGGCCAUCAGGGAUCCCGAGAAGUUGAAGGUCAUAGCGUCGAACCCGAGGCGCUACACGGGCCCACCCAGGGUGGGGACCAUGCGGGAGCUGCUUAGGGUGACACAGUAUGUACAGGAUAAUUUCUCCAAGGUAACGACGCCGUUUUUCACUGCUCACGGAACUUCUGACGGCGUUACCUGCCCUUCCUCGUCCAAGCUGCUGUAUGAGAAGGGUUCCAGUGAGGAUAAGACGUUGAAGCUCUACGAUGGAAUGUAUCACUCUUUGAUUCAGGGAGAGCCCGAUGAGUCUGCGAAUCUCGUGUUGGGGGACAUGAGAGAGUGGAUUGAUGAGAGGGUUCGACGGUAUGGACCUAACAAAGAUUCCCAGUGAAACAAACCAUUACUAAAUUCCUAUUUUGGUUCCACAUUGCAUAUUGUGUCUAUCAAAACUUUAUUAAAGUUGUUAUGUGAAGACGGAAGAGUAUCGUUCUUCUAUCAUAUUUGGAUUUCAAUCAAAAAUGACAUUUAAUCAAUCCAGUUAUCGGUUUCGAUGCAUGA